AUGCCCAAGCUUGCCGCCGCCGCCCCCCACUUGCAGCCCCAGCACGCCGCCGACCUGCUGCAAGCCGCUCUCCACCUCGACAGCCGCAAUGCCCUGGCGCUCUUCUUGCUGGGCAACGCGCAUGCGGCGCUGGGCGCCCAUGCGGCCGCCGCCCACGCCUUCCGCCAGGCGGCGCGGCUGACGGGCGAUGCCGCACCCGACUCGCAGCGCCACCAGCUGCACAUCACGGCCACCGAAAACUUGCUGCUGGAAAGCGGGCACGCGCUGCCGGCCGAGUGGGUGGCUGCGCUGCACGACGCGCCGCGGCUGGCGGCGCUGGAACGCGGCAUUGCGGCUGCUGUGCAGUGCGACCCUGCCGGCGACAGCCGGGUGUUGGUGGUUGGCGGCAUGGGGCUGGAGGCGGUGAUGGUGGCGCAGGCGGGUGCUGCAGCCGUGGCCGUCUACUGCCCCGACAACCCUCUGGCAGCAUCCCUGGUGGCUGAGCUGGCAGCCGGCUCGGGGUGCCCUCACCGAGUGGCGGCGGCCACUAGCGCCGCCCAGCUGGCGCAGCUGGGCGCCCAGCAGGCCCCCGCGGGCUACAGCGCGCUGGUCCUGGCCGGCGCGCUGGGGUGCAGCAUCGGCUGGCAGCAGCUAGCGGGCGACCUGGCGGCGGCGGCGCCCCUGCUGGCACCCGGCGCCAAGCUGCUGCCGCAUGCGGUCCACAUGCGAGGCGCGCUGGUGCAGUGCCCGGGCGCUGUGGCUCUGAAUGAGGUGGAUGUGCAGGCGGUGCAGGCAGGCACGGGUGGGCUGGACCUUGACGCUACUAACCGCAUGCUGCCGCGUGCCAGCCGCUCCGUACGCCUGCCCACCUACCCGCACACAGCCCUCACAGACAGCGCCAGCCUGCUGACCGUGCCGCUGUCUGCUCUGCUGCCCACCACCACCAACAGCGGCGCUGACAGCUGCGCCAGCAGCAGGGACAUGCUUGCGGCAGCGGUGCAGUUGCAGGUCGGUACCGGGGGCGCAGCUGAUGCGCUGUGCUGGUGGUAUGAGCAGGUGCUGGCCGACCCUGCCAGCCCAACCAGCAGCACAGCUCACAAUGGCGCGGAGGGUGCAGGAGGCAGCCCGCUGCGAUUGUCGGCAGACCCUGCCGGCUGCCCAGGCAGGGAUGCCCAGCUGCGCCCGCACGUGUGGCAGCACCUGCAAUUCCUGGACCAUCGCCAGCUGGCGCCUGGGCAGGCAGUGGAGGUGUUGUGCAGGCUGGCUGGCCCUGCCGCCUCCACCACAGCAGCUGCUGCCAGGCUGCAGGCGGUCAGCCUGGCGGGGAACAACAGCCAGGGCAGCGCGACAGGACCUCUCAGCCUUCAGUUUGAUGUGCGGCUGGGCGGUGCCAGCAGCAGCGAGGCCAAGGCAAGCCUGCUGCUGCAGGUGCGGCAUGCGGCGGUGGCAGCAGCUAUGCCUCGCUACCACACCAGCAUGCUCAACGACUCGCUCAGAACGCAAGCUUACCGGCAGGGCAUUGCCAGCACCCUGCAGCGGGCCGCGGACAGGUCGGCAGCGACGGCGGCAGCGGCGGGCGACGCCGAGGCGCCUGUGGUGCUGGAGAUUGGCAGCGGCAGCGGCCUGCUGUGCCUGCUGGCGUGCCAGGCAGGAGCGCCGCGUGUCCUCGGCUGCGAGCGCCAGCCGGAGCUGCUGGAGGUAGCAGGCCGGCUGCUGGAGGCCAACGGCCUGGCAGAGAGGGUGGCCAUCCUCCCCAAGCACAGCAGAGCGCUGACGGUGGCGGCGGGCGCGGGCGGCGGCCGUGGCGGCGCGGCAGACCUGCCCAGGCGGGCAGACGUGUUGCUCCACGAAAUUUUCGGCACCGACCCUUUCUCCGAGGGCGUGGUGCCGACGCUGCUGCACGCUAAGCAGCACCAGCUUCAGCCAGGGGCCGCGCUGGCCCCCUGCAAGCUGCACGUGGUGGCAGCGGUGGCCGCCAGCGCCAGCCUGCACCGCCUGCUGCGCCCGCCGCCAGCCGUAUGCGGCGGCCGAGUCGCCACCGGGGCGCUGCGCCAGCUGGCGCCGCGCAAGGUCGACUGCCUGGCAGGGGACAGCGACUUGCUGCUGCUGACAGAGCCGUGUCGCGUGCUGAGCGUGGACUUCGAGGAUGCUGAGCUGGCGCUGGCAGGCAGCAGCACGGUGCUGCUCGAGUGCCUGCUACGCCCGCUGCCGCUGGCGGCCUGGCUGGCGGCGCAGCAAGCGGCUGCUGGGCAGGCGGCUCAACAGGGAGCAACCAGCAGGAACGGCAGCGUGCACCAGGCGCUGCAGCCAGAAGAGGGGGGCGUCCUGGAGGGGUGUGGGCUCUUUGCUGUUGCCUGGUUUGAGUAUGAGUUCAGCGGCGGCAUCGUCGGCUCCACCGCACCCCACAUGCAGCGCACAGAGCACUGGCAGCAGGUGGUGCAGCCGCUGGAGGGUGCCCCGGCGGACGCGGCGCUGGCGGGGCUAGCUGGCGGCGGCAGCUGCGACGGCGGCGGCGGUGACGUUGCGGGCCUGCUGCUGACCGCCGGCUACCGAGUGGACCGGCUGUGGUUUGAGCUGGAAGCUGUGGCGGCCGCCGUCGACGGCAGCGAGGAUGAUGGCGAGCUAUAG